AUGGGAUUUUCCCAACGUUUGGCGCCCACACUCCACCACCCACCGGACCACGUCUGCUGCCAUUCGCAUCCUUCCUGCUGCUGCUGCUGCUUCUCCUCCCUUGCGCUGUAUUUUCCAACAUCACCAAAAAAGAAGAGGAAAAGCGAAAAAGGCGAUUGAGCGCUUUUUGUUUGUUGUUCUUUUCUUUUUGCGUGUUUCCUUCUUACAGUCCGCAAUAACACUAGCAGCAACUGCACCUGAGCAGCACUCCUUCGACACGCUGGGUUCCAUUGUUCCCUCCUCCACACUCGCUAUUCAACCCGCCUUCUGCGUCUCACCGGCUUCAUUCCAGUCCGCGGCCAUUCUUUCGCCUCACACGUCUACGCCUCUUCGGCCUUUUCCUUUUCUCUUUCAAUCCCUUUUCUCUUUUUCACUUCUCUUUCAAUCGAUUCUUCUCUCUUUAUCCGUCUUGGCGACAUCGACUUUCCAACACCAUCUAUACAUCAUCGCCAAUAACAACAACAACAACACCUACAAGCAACCUUUCACCACGUCGGGGCAGUGAGACCACCUCGACGCGCACCCUGUCAUUCUCGGCACGCCACGAUAGGCUUCUUUACUCGGUCACGACCCGCAUGCAACACCCGAUCACUAGAUCUCUCCACUAAACAUCAACGCGCGAACCAUUCAUCAGAGCUUCAUCUGCGAUUACCGAGUACUAUCGACAACUUCGCAGGCGAAGGAUCGACAUCAUCUAUUGGCAGGCCCAAUAGAGCUCUUCUCUACCAACACACACCUCCAAAGAUACCCACUGCUGCCGGUCAGCACUCAACACAACAACUAUGCCUUGCUGCGGUAAUCGAAGAAAGCACACACGCGAGUUUGCAGACCAAAAAUGGGAUUACAUUAAUCUGAGAGACUUCAAGGCCGGCGGCGUUGGUCCCGGAUUUGCGUAUGCCUACCUCUGGUGCUCUCUUAUUAUUUCCAUUGCUGUCUACUCCGUCGAUAGCUUUACUGCCGUGCAGCUGCUCGCCUUCAACCGCUGGUCUUCUUCCAUUGAGCCCAAGAUUCCUCUCAACAUUUCGAAAUGGAUCUUCUCCGGCUGUAUCAUCAUGUCUUUCGUCAAUCUGGGCUACGAAUCUAUCCGCGCUACCCGUGUCAUGAAGCGUGGAAACAUUGCCGAGUGUUACAUGGACAGCUUGGCUGUUCGAUGGGAGUCCAUUCGACUCGGCAAAGGACAAGGCUGGCGCCGAUUCCUCGUCUUUUCUGCCCUGACAAAGGGCAAAAAGGGCGCAGAGUAUAUUGCCCUCUUUACUUACUUUAGCUUCCAAGCAUGGAUCCGAGUUUUAGUCUGCUCUGCUCCUCGCCAGGUUGUCAACGCCUUUACUCUGAAAUCCGUAUACGAAGCCAAGCUGGCCACCAACUCUAACAAUGUCGGUGACAACUUUACUGGCUUCUUUGACAAGAUUAAGUUUCUCGCCGAAGAAGACUAUCGCCAGGCGGCCAUCUUAUCCGGCAUGGCCUUCACUUUUGUUAUCUGGGUUUUUUCCGUUCUCUACCUGCUUCUUGCUGUCCUCUUUUACGUCUUCUUCUUGUUCCACUGGAUUCCUCGCGCCGACGGUGGCCUCACUGGCUACUGUGAACGCAAGGUCAACAAGGCGCUCCUGAAGAUUGUUGCCAAGCGUGUCAACAAGGCCCUAGCCAAGAAUGAGGCAAAGGCCGCAAUGGCUUUUGGUGAGAAGCCGCCUCAUUUGGAUAGAGCAGCUACACUUCCCAAUGUCGGGCCAAUUAACAACGACGCACUGCCCCAAAUGCCCACGGUAGCUCAUCAGAACUCUUUCGACGCAAAAUCGCCAAGUAUUGAAAUGAGCCCUCUUGACGGCAGCCGCUACGGGCAUAUGCGAACAGGCACUGCCAACUCCAACAGCAGCUUUGGUGCCAACGCAUCUCUUAUUAGAGGAGCCGCUGAUAUGGGCUACGCCAGAACAGAGUCCCCGGCGCCAUCUCUUCCCCAGAUGGACCUUAACAACAUGCCUCCUCAGCGACCAAACACAAGCAAUUCUCAGCGUAGCUAUCGACCCGGUAUGGGAGGACCUCCAGGCUACCCCAAUGCUAUGCCUAUUGCUCGCCCCGGCAUGGGAAACAACUCUAUGGACCAACAUCCUAGCAUGAGACAACGACCUGGUCCACCUGGCUACCCCAAUUCUUCUGAUCCUCAGCACGCUCCUGGUCACGAAGCAUCCCAUUAUCUUGGCGCACCGACCCUCCCCAACCUGGAGCAAGACAGAGACUCGACACAUGCCCCUGGUAGCAACGACCUAAAAGGAGUUUCUCGCGAGCCAACAAUCCGAGAUCUUGCUGCUGCAGGCAUGGCCAUGGCCCCUCUGAGAUCUGGAACAUCCAAUUCUCAACGACCUCAUCAACAACCUCAGUACCACCAGCAUGGAGGCCCUGGCCCAACCUUUGUUGAUGACUUCACCGUCAGUCCAGAGCUUGCAAGUGAACCUAGGUUCCCUAGUAAUGGACGAAUGGAUUCAACGCGAACUGCCAACGACAUGUAUGGCAACAGAGGAGCUCCUGGUGCUGCACGCGCGCCACCUCCAGCUCAGUACCAGCCUUACAACCCACAUGGAUAUGCUGCGGCGGCCCCAACUGGCAACCCCUAUGAUGGCAAUGAGCUUGCAUCCCAAAGAGGAACUCCAGUCGCUGGCGGCAUCGUCUCUCCCAUGAAUGGUGAAGACUGGGCGCCUACGAGGAACAGGAGCAACCCUGGCCCAGCGCGUGUGCCUCACCACACACCACAGAGAAAUGUUACUGGCCCGAACCCGAUGACCACGCCUCUCGGUGGAUCAAACUCACCGCCAGGACACUAUCCACCAAGUCGAUCCGGCACCGGCACGAGCCAGGAUAUGCGAAGCUAUCCUCAGCAGAGGCGUGGACCCCCAGGUUAUCCAAAUGGCCGGCCACGUGCACAGCCCCCGCCAGGAUAUGGUUACGAUGUUGAGGCGCAGCGUGAUCGCUGGUAAUGAUCGAAGUGGUUCUUACUGUACGCACUAGUAAUUUACGUGUGAUACGAGUUAUGGGAUGAAAUACGGGGUUUUAUGAGCUGUACGGGGUUGGGAUGAGCGUGUUGUUCUACUACUAUUUUACUUAUGAUACCAAUAUCCACUUUGCACAUUUAUAGGAUGUCACUCGCACAACAUACUUUUGGCUAAUCUGUAUAUAUAUACAUGUUAUAAACAAAUUAAAUUUAUAAAAACAAAUCUCUGGC